GGCGCAGGUUCCGUAUCUCGAAGCGCACCCCUGGCAUGUAGCCACCUAGUUCCUCUCUGGAUAACUCAACUGAGCAUCCAAUUCCGUUAUGUCUCUAAGCAAACGACUUUCAGUCUCUAGCAUAAGGAGCGAAUCUCCCUUGGUAUUUGCAGCAGCACCCAACGCCGAUGCCGAAGAAUGGACAAAGACGUGGCAAACGACGCUAGCGAGAGACUUGAUUGACUCACCCGUGGUAUCUGUGGAUGCGGAGACAACCGUUGAGGAUGCUUGCGAGUUACUACUAUCGAAAGACUUAGUAUGUCUUGCAAUAAACAACAGACCGACCAGCGUCCCAGGUGGUUCGCCGUUCGACGGACUCUUUGACUUCUCGGAUGUGAAUGCUUUCUUGACUCUGGCAGCUACCAGACAUAGAUGGUCUGCAGAAGAGCUACGGGAGAAUCCGCGAAUAGACGAGAUAUUUACGGCCGCUAAGGCAGGCAAGGUCCCAGUGCACCUCGUCAGCAAUUUGUCAGAGAAGAACCCUCUAGUGAUCCUGCCUCACAAUGCUGCCAUUGUUUCUCUUUUAUCUGUGUUCUCUACCGGAACACACCGUGUCGUCUUACGAGCGACGCCUCCUUCCACCGACUUUGCAGGUUUCGUCUCCGAUCGCAGUCUGCUCUCAUGGUUCACCAAUCAAGCACAUGAGACUUCAACACUUCAUACCUUCCUCUCCAACUCACUCAGUUCUCUCAAUCUUCCUUCAUUGUAUAUUUACUCCGCUGUGGUCGCGGCCAAGGCCAGUGAGAGCGUGCUCGAUGCCAUGAAGUUGAUGAGUGAUCAGGGAGUGAGCAGUAUAGCUGUGAUCGAAGAAGAGACGGGCGGGCUGUUGAGCGCUGUUAGCGUCACAGAUGUAGGAAAGGUCGUGGUUCCAUCUCAGAGUAAUCAGAUCUUGUCAACCCCACUGAAGCAAUUCAUUUCAAUGAUCAAGGAGCCGGUUGGAUCAACUGAUGGCGCAGACAGGUACCCCGUAUACAGCGUGCUUCCUAGCAGCACACUACUUUAUACCAUGCAGAAGUUGAUUGCAACGGACUCACAUCGACUAUUCGUAACCGACGAAUCGCAAGUUCAGUCUCCAUACUUUGCCCCAAGCCCGACAACAACCCUCUGUGGAAUUGUUUCCAUAGUCGACAUAUUGUCCCUAUUUGCCCGUGUUGCCAAUAUCCCUGAUGUCGACCCAACCCGAAUGCGGCAUCGCCGGGCAUCAUCCACGUCUACUUCAUCUUCCCCUCCUUCCGGACGCUCCCCAGAACACAGCUUUCUGCGCUCACGAUCGAGCAGUAGGACAAGUCUUGGACGUGUUCCUGCGGGCACGAAUAGUUUGAGGAAUUCCGUGUCGAGCCUGGAUUCGUUCCAGUGGGCGGAAAGGGUUCCACGGCCAUAGAAUGUACCAAUAUCAUAUUUUCACUUUUCGUUGGUGACAUCUUCUGCAGGUGUAACUGGCUGCGUAUCUGAAGUGUACUUUUGCUGUAACAUUAUGAGAUCUCAACUUCGAACCAUGUACCAUAAUUGAUGGUUUAAUGUUGCAGUUAGUCACUUGUAUUACUAGCGCCUUACUGUCUAUGAUAGGUUUAGAUCAUACACGAACCUUGUAUGUCAUCAACUGUGCCCAUU